AUGGCCAGGGAGGCGUGGGAGAGAGCCCAAAAGAAAGACUACUCAGACACGGAAAACAAUACCGGUCGAAAAAGGAAGUCGACUCACCAAAGCACCAGCAGUAGUAGCAGUAAACGUUUCAGGUCUUCUCACAGUCAGUCGUCAGGGAAUCAUGACAACAGAAGGAAGCACAGUCUGCCACCGUUAUCUUCUAGAGAAACGAACCUGGAACCUGCUAAACCACCAAAGAAGCCAAUCGUCAGACACGCUAACAAAUGCGGCGUCCCCCAGCCCGUUGACUUUAAGGCAGUUCUUGCUAUGGCUGAAGAGAGAGUGAGACCCACUGCGGCAACCUCGAAAAACAAGAAAGAGAAGAAGCAGAGACCUAAGGCUGACGAGGAAGAGAAGAUGCAAAGACAAAAGCCUGUGGCGGAAGAGAACAAGCAGAGACAAAAGCCUGCGGAAGAAGAGAAGAAGCAGAGACAAAAGCCUGCGGAAGAGGAGAAGAAGCAGAGACCUAAGGCUAAGGAGGAAGAGAAGAAGCAGAGACCUAAGGCUAAGGAGGAAGAGAAGAAGCAGAGGCCUAAGGCUAAGGAGGAAGAGAAGAAGCAGAGGCCUAAGGCUAAGGAGGAAGAGAAAAAGCAGAGGCCUAAGGCUAAGGAGGAAGAGAAGAAGCAGAGGCCAAAGGUUGAGGAGAAAGAGAAGGUGAAAACAAAGUCUGUGGAGUGUCGGCGUUUGUUGAAAUCUGGCGGUGGCAAACCGCCGGGCCAGAGAGACUCGUCAGACGGUGACGCCGCUUCUCCACCUGGGACGUCCCAGACGAGGACAUCGACGCUCUCUUCUUUUUCGUCGAGGGACAAACCAAAGAGCCCGCCGGAGAGCCAGUCCGUGACUAGUGUGGGUGCCGUGUCGCCCAAAGUCAGCCAGAUCGGAAAGAGAAAUAGAGAGGAAAGGGGAGAGCAGAAAAUGGAGGGGUACAGAAUUCCCAAGAUAAAACAAAGCAACAGCGAUUUCUCUGACUUGUAUAGCACGCUGUCUGAGGAAGAAGCGAGACGAAAAAGAGAGGAGAUAGCUCGGAUGGCCAGGGAGGCGUGGGAGAGAGCCCAAAAGAAAGACUACUCAGACACGGAAAACAAUACCGGUCGAAAAAGGAAGUCGACUCACCAAAGCAGCAGCAGCAGCAGCAGCAGUAGUAGCAGUAAACGUUUCAGGUCUUCUCACAGUCAGUCGUCAGGGAAUCAUGACAACAGAAGGAAGCACAGUCUGCCACCGUUAUCUUCUAGAGAAACGAACCUGGAACCUGCUAAACCACCAAAGAAGCCAAUCGUCAGACACGCUAACAAAUGCGGCGUCCCCCAGCCCGUUGACUUUAAGGCAGUUCUUGCUAUGGCUGAAGAGAGAGUGAGACCCACUGCGGCAACCUCGAAAAACAAGAAAGAGAAGAAGCAGAGACCUAAGGCUGACGAGGAAGAGAAGAUGCAAAGACAAAAGCCUGCGGCGGAAAAGAAGAAGCAGAGACAAAAGCCUGCGGAAGAGGAGAAGAAGCAGAGACCUACGGCUAAGGAGGAAGAGAAGAAGCAGAGACAAAAGCCUGCGGAAGAGGAGAAGAAGCAGAGACCUAAGGCUAAGGAGGAGGAGAAGAAGCAGAGGCCAAAGGCUGAGGAGAAAGAGAAGGUGAAAACAAAGUCUGUGGAGUGUCGGCGUUUGUUGAAAUCUGGUGGUGGCAAACCCCCGGGCCAGAGAGACUCGUCAGACGGUGACGCCGCUUCUCCACCUGGGACGUCCCAGACGAGGACAUCGACACUCUCUUCUUUUUCGUCGAGGGACAAAAUAAAGAGCCCGCCGGAGAGCCAGUCCGUGACUAGUGUGGGUGCCGUGUCGCCGUACACCAACGACAGCAGCAAACGUAGCAAAAGAAGCCACAGCAGCAGCCGCAAGAGUCGCAAUACCGGCAACAGUAACAUCAAGAAAAACAGCAGUAGUAGCAAUGACAACAAUAACAACAUCGGGAGCAGCAACAACAAUAAGAGCAACAACAACAACGACCCCGGUGCUAGCGAGAGAAAGACACUUUCAUUGUGUGGCCGGAGCGACGUGGACGAGGCGGAGGAAGCGACAACGUCAUCUCUUCAGAAUUCCAUAAAUCCUUUUGACGAGACCGCCAGUCAUGUUUACGAAGAACCACACCCCCAACUUCAAUUGGAUGCGGGCCAGCAGAAAGAGGUUCCAGAUGAUCGUCAUGUUGAAACUGUCCAGAAUCUCCAUAUGGAUGUCCCCAUUGCUGAUGUAUCUGUAGAAGACAUUAUAUAUGGAGACCUAAAGGAUUUUAUCUCACAAGAACUUUGGAAAAUGUGCGGUUUUGAUGGAAACAGGUCAAACGGUGACAGAGAGGAUGACGUAUUCAAUAUGGAGGCAGAUUCCAGCAAUGUGGUGUAG